AUGUCAACCACAUCGAGAACCGCCCUUACUGGCGGCAACAGCGCUGACUCGCUCGACGAUGCGGAAAAGGGCAUGUACGAUGGUACGUUGGAGUUGACGGCACCAGGCUUCGUGUACAUGGAGCAAAAAAAGCCGAUACACAUUGUUACAUCGUUACUGCCCGCUUCUCCCGUCCACCAAGGCAUAACACCAUGCACGAGUGUACCGGAACUGUCAUUGUCUCUGCCAUUAGGACGAAAACCUACCGAUGCCGCUGAACUAGACACUACUGUGAAGAAGCCAGCUGGGGAGAAACCUCAAAAGCCAAAAAUCAGCCGAUGGAUCCUGUUCGAUCUUUGGUUCAACACAUACAGAAAGUUCUUCACAUUCGUCACCUUGCUCAACCUCACGGGAAUCAUCUUGUCCGCCUGCGGUCGCUUCAAGUACGCCGAGGAACACCUCGGUGCUUUGGUGCUAGGCAAUCUCCUUUGUGCUAUUCUGAUGAGGAAUGAACUAUGGAUGCGCUUCUUAUACUUGGUCGCCAUAUAUGGGCUGGGAUGGGCACCUGUAUGCGUCAAGCUCGCUGCGACAUCUGUUCUACAACAUGUUGGAGGCAUACAUUCUGGAUGCGCGUUGUCUGGUGCUGCCUGGCUCGUCUACAAGUGUGUCGACAUCAUUCGAUAUCGUGCCGUACAACAUCCUGCCGUGAUUGCAAGCGGGAUCAUCACCAACUUUUUCAUCAUCGUCUCGGUGUUGAGUGCCUUUCCUUGGGUCCGCAACACCUAUCACAACGUGUUCGAGAAGCACCACCGAUUUGUUGGAUGGCUAGGCCUCGCAAUGACGUGGGUGUUUGUUAUCAUGGGCAAUACCUACGACAUCAAGCGCGGCGAGUGGAGGACCACCGCUCACAGUCUACUCAGUGCACAAGAGCUCUGGUUCGCUGUCUUCAUGACAAUCUUUGUCCUCAUCCCAUGGGUUACCCUUAGGGAGGUACCAGUCGAAGUUGAGAUCCCUUCACCUAAGGUUGCUGUCCUCAAAUUCGAGCGCGGCAUGCAGCAAGGCCUCUUAGGACGAAUCAGCCGCACAUCCAUUAUGGAGUACCACGCCUUUGGUAUCAUCAGCGAGGGACGCGAUGCCACCCACCAUUACAUGAUCUGCGGUGUUCAAGGAGACUUCACAAAGAACCUCGUCGCCAACCCGCCGAAGACUGUUUGGACGCGAGAGCUUAAGUUUGCUGGCGUAGGUCACGCCUCCGCAAUGUUCAAGCGCGGCAUUCGCAUAUGCACCGGUACUGGCAUCGGUGCUGCACUCUCCACUUGCAUCCAAUCACCUAACUGGUUUCUCAUCUGGAUCGGUUCCGAUCAAGAGCGCACUUUCGGUCCUACAGUCACAGGCCUCAUUCACAAGCACAUUGAGCCCGAGCGCAUGAUUCUCUGGGACAGCAAGAAGAGAGGUGGACGCCCUGAUACAAUGGAGCUACUAAGAGAUACGUGGAAAAGGUUCGGCGCGGAAGUCAUCUUCAUCACGAGUAACAGCCAGGGCAACGAUGAGAUGAUGCAGGGGUGUGCUAAGGAGGGUAUGCACGCUUUCGGUACCCUUUGGGACUUUUAG